AUGUCUUCCGCUCAUUCAGCAACAGUUCCCUUUCUUUUCUUUUCUUUUCUUUUCUUUUUUUUUUUAAUGCAUCUUUCUCUCUUUUUCUUUCUUUUUCUUUUUUCUUUCUUUUUCUUUCUUUCUUUCUUUUUCUUUCUUUCUUUCUUUCUUUCUUUUUCUUUCUUUCUUUCGAUUGAUCUUUCAUUCUUUUACUUUCAUUUUGCUUUUAAUAUUUUUUCAUUUUUUUUUUCCAUUUCCUCUAUUUUGUUUUAUUCCCACGCUUUUUUCUAUUUUUUUCUAUUCAUUCAUUCAUUCUUUCUUUCUUUCUUUCUGGAUAUUUGUUUUUCUUUCUUUUUCUUUCUUUAUAUAUAUAUAUUUGCUUUUUGUAUGUUUCUUUUUCUUUCCUUUUCUUGUUUCCAUUUAUUGAAUUUUGUUUGCUUUUCCUUCCACUUUCUUUCUUUCUUUCCACUCACUCAUUCUUUCUUUCUUUCUUUCUUUCUUUCUUAA